AUGCCUCGGUUCAACGCUCCAUCCUCAAGAAAGCCAAAGGCCGCGAAUUCCACACCUCGUAUACGGCCUGCGGCCAUGUCUGUGACUCGAAAACCCACAGUCGAAGAUCAUGCUCCUGACAAUGAAAAGGGAUCAACGUCCCUCGGAGCUUCGUCUUGGCCAGAGAACCCAUGGGCAGACGUCGAGCAAAUCACCACACGGCCAAAACGGGGCCCUACAUUCGUCGACUAUUGCAGCAAGCCGGGCCAAUUCUGGCCAGACGGACAAGAGCCUCCCUUCAAAGGUCAGAAAGCCGCGAAGCGUAUCUUCGUCACCAAAGGCAAAACGCAACCGCGCAAAGAGAUCACCAAAAAUUACGAAGAAAUCAAAGAGCUGAAGAACUAUGUGCCGUCUGACAUAUUUCACCCACGAACGGGAGAUAUCGAACUCUACUACGACUACUCCGACUACGACGGUACCGACGAGGAGGAUCUAUUUGACAUCGACGAGGAUGACGCUAUACCUCCCCCCGCAGUCGCUCCCGUUCCUCCUCCUACCGUUGUCCCCACUCCUCCGCGUGUUACUGUCCAUGUACCGGUUGGAAAAUGGGUCGAUGCAGGAGACAGAGCAUUAGAUCCAGAAGACCUCGAUCUUCUAUCGGAGAUUAUGGACAUCCCGAAAGAGGUAUCCAGCAUGCUGCUGCCAUCAUCCGACGCCGUCAAUGUACGGCAGAUACUAAAAUUCACGCUGCCCGACGUCGACGAUGGGUCCUUCGCACAGGCCGGAGCAUCAUGCUUUGACAGUGCACGUCCGAACGAGAACCUGGACCUCCCACCAUUUAUACCCCCAAAGCCGUGGGUUUAUAGCCUUCGAGAGUCUCUCGACGAUGCCAUUCGCGAAGGAAAGAGGUCGAUCGUCCACCCCCAACUCAAAGAUCAACCGUUGCCUCUUUGGAUGUUGAGUCUUUGGGAGAAGCUACACGCGGUGCGCGAUGCCAAAAUGUUGUGGCAAAAUGCAAAUAGGUGGUUGUCGCAAAAAAUGUACGACUGCGAUAUGAAUCCUCUAUCUGCCCGCCAAGAGAUGUAUCGUCUACCAUACCACAAGAAGUUGGCUGGGCAAGCCUCAACUAGCCUAAGAAGUACAUCACAGCUUGCACGAUUCUUGUCGGACGACGCUUGGUUGUCGGAUUCUCUCGUGGACAUGAUGAUACACUCCACUAUCCGACGAUUAGUCCCCAACCAGUCCAACCUCGUUAUCACUGACACCGAGCUCGCGGAUGCGAUCUGCAUGGCUAAACCGAACUUUGAUUCGUUGCCCAAUGCAUUCAAGACGUUAGAGCAGACGCUCGCCGAAGGGAAGAUUCUCUUUUUCCCAGUGUGCAUCCCCGGAAUGUCCCACUUUGUUGCGUUUCGCAUUGAUUUUAAACGUAAAACCUUGCGCUAUGGUAGGACAUUUCCCUAA